AUGCCGGGUGACAAUCAGGACAAUUCGAUGAUCGGAGAGAAGACCCUCUCCGAUAGCGCUCCCGGAACUACUAGUAUAAAAAGCCAGCACUCCGGUGGCGAGUUUUGUGUCAGUCCCGGUGACACCUGGUUGCAAUCGACAAAGUUUUACCAUGGAUAUCUUCCACGUGAAGAUAUACCACCUCUUCUCUUAAAAAAUGGAGACUUUCUUGUACGUAUAAGCGAGGAAACCAUCUUUCUUAAGAGAGGUGUCGGUUUGUGUAGAUGGGAAUUUAAGCACGAGAAUGUUCAAGUGGGUCGGUUAUUGGGACGAGGAGCGUACGGCGAAGUACGCAAGGGCACGGUGGUACGAAAAGGAGGGCGAAUUAUAAACGUAGCUGUGAAAACGAUUAUGAAAGAGGUUCGAAUCAUGCGGCUUUUUAACCACGCCAACGUCGUCGGCUUAGUUGGCGUUGUACUCAUCGAUCACCCGUUAUACAUCCUUCUGGAAUACGUGUCAGUAGGAAUAAGAUGUUCUGCGUCAGGUAGCGCUUUGGAUGUUUAUCUAAAACGAAAGCAUGAAAAGAUUACGAAAGAUGAACGAUUGGCUAUGAUGAUUGGUGUUGCAACGGGAAUGGAUUAUAUUCACAAAGCAAAUGUACUCCAUAGAGAUCUUGCUGCCAGAAACUGUCUUUACGACAGAACUAACACGGUGAAAAUAUCGGACUUUGGCCUAUCACGACCGGGAUCUUCCUACAAAAUGAAGACCGCGCAGAAAAUGCCCAUAAAAUGGAUGGCACCGGAAAGCAUUCAAACGUUCACGUUUACACAAAAGACUGACGUCUACACCUUCGGAGUAACGCUUUGUCUAUUUGUGUUAAUAUAUGAGAUAUGCUCCGGAAUAGGUCCAUAUGAUGAUAUGAGAAAUACUGUCGUGAAGAAGAUGAUUGUCGAAGGCAAGGUAAACAAAUUUCCAUCAAGUACUCCGGAGUACAUUGUGAAAUUCGUCAAUGAAAAGUUGUGGUGUAAAGACCCUGAUAAACGGCCGGAUUUCGCCUCGAUAGUGGAACGUUUAGAAGCCUUGGCCGCUUUUCACGCAGACAAACGCGACGUCGUGGAUGAACAAAAAAGUGGAGGCGUGGUAUCAGCGGUCAGUGAAGUGAAGAUCACCAACACAGGCACCGUCGAUAUUGACGUGGAUGAAACUAAAGCCAAAAUGAAGAAAAUAGGACAAAUGGAGCCGGAAAAAACUCAGGCAACCAUAGAAGAAGUGCAAAACAGUACAGAUUCAAAGGAAGCGAAAAAAGCAGAAAUCGAGAAGACGACCGAAACGGUAUCCGUCUAUAAAGCGUUGCCCUCAAAGGAACAGACCAAGGGCAAGGCAGCUGAUCGAUCCGUGAUUGAAACAAAGACCGAAUCUGGAAGACCAUUUCAACUAGAUGUUGACUCACGUCGAGAAAAAGAUGAGAAUAACAUGAACCUUGACCAAGUUAUUCGUGACCAUUUCGCAAAUGGCCCUGUUGAGCACAUUUAUUCGUCAUCGUUCUUACUGGAACUUUUUCACAAAGCAGAGGCAUCACUAGCACGUCAACCGUCCCUGCUGGAGAUUUCAUCUCCUGUCGUCGUAGUUGGCGAUAUUCAUGGACAGUAUGGUGAUCUGCUGAACAUAUUUGAGAAAUGUGGAUGGCCAUUCGAAACGCGUUAUCUGUUCCUUGGGGACUAUGUGGAUCGUGGAAGGUUGCGUUGA